GGGAUUUGGCCGGAAUACCACCGUACCGGUUUCCGGAAAGACUUUCCGUCCGACCGGCUGCGCAGCGGACUCAAAGAGAGAAAGAUUCCCCAUCCCCAUGCAGAACUCAAUGAAAUGAAUAAAGCACCACAGCCCAUAACAGGAAACCCCUCCGAUCCCCUCCUAGCCCACUCCCCUGACCUUUCACAGUCCUACUUCACCAACAGACCAGGUUUGCCUUACAGCAGCGGGCCUCGAGCUGUUCCAACCAGCAGUGCUCCUCGGCCAACUCCCACCCAUGUCUACCAGCCAGCCCCUGGUUCCCAAAUGAUGAUGAUCUCAGGACAACACUUGCCCUUCCCAAGCUCACCACAGGGAGCGGCCUAUUUUAUACAAGCACAGUACCGUUCACCAACCUUCGUGGCUACACCCCAGCAAUAUUCUGUAUCAGCUGCAACUCCAGGUUUCUACCCAAGCACAAGCCCAGCUGAAUAUGGUAACUACGCCGGGGCCUACUUUCCAGGCCAGCCUCAGUAUACCCCGCCGGUGCAGGCAACACCCAUCAUUAUGAACCAUGCCCCUCAACAGCAGCAACCACCACCACAGCCUCUCCAACACAUCCACACCAAAAGGGAACGUAAACAGAUUAGGAUAAGAGACCCAAAACAAGGUGGUCGUGACAUCACAGAGGAGAUUAUGUCAGGGGGGUGUAGUGACUCUACCCCAACUACUCCUGGGACUGCUAUAUCUGGAUCAGACACAGGACCGGUCCAGGCCAACGGUGAGAGCACCCCAGAUGUUAUUACUCCUGCGCAGGUUAGAGCUGAUGACACAGAAAAACCUUUGCUGCCUCCUAUGUCACAUCCUCCUGAUAUUUUUAAGGAUGACCUGACCCUUGCAGAGGCUACCUCCUCUGACGUUUCCCCUGCUUCCAUUGUUGCCACUACAGACAUAAUGUAUACCCCCAAACCACCAGGGGACCAAACCACAGAACCCCACUGUGCACCUGAGGUGCCUGCUUACCCUGCACCCCUUCCUGAUCCAAAGCAUGCCUCUAAGGUUAAGGAAAACCCAAAAAAGGCAGCCAGAAAUCUUGAAGUGGUUAAUGUGGAAGUUAGAGAGGAAGAGGUGCAAUCGGAGGAUGCUGUUUCUUUUAUGGACAGUUCUCUUAUAUCCUCCUCCACAAAUGGUGUUUCUGAAGAUGUGCCAGAAAGCCCCUCAGUAAUGUUGCUAUCAAGUUGCCAGGAGUCUACUUUGGAGUCUCCCAUUGCUCAGCCUGAGGAGUUGUGCCUUUUCAAUGGUUCUGCACUUUCACCUCCAUGUAAGCCAGAAGCUCUGUUUACUAGCACAGAAGAGUGUGAUGACAGCCCCAUUGCUGAGCCGGAAGUUUCUCUACAACUUGACAAUAAAACCUCCAAAGCCAUCACUAACGCAGUGCCUACAUCACCUAUUGAACCAACCGCAACGCCUGUUACUCAGUCAGUUUCUACCAUCACACCAGAUGUGCCUGCUGAAACAGUCGCCCAAGCAGCAACUUCGCCUGUUGGGGAAACAGUUCCUCCUGUUUCCGAAGACAUGAAUGGAAACGCGUCAAUGUCUGAUAUCAGUACCGCAGGAGAAAUGUCAUCUCCAAUGGAAGUGGUCUUAAAAGAUGACCACGACUUAGACACUGUUACCAGUACCCGCCAGAUUGUCCCUAAUACGCAUGAAGAGACUACUCUCCAAGCUGCUGUGUCGAUGCCGAAGAAAAAGAGGAAAAUGAAGGAUUUGAACAAAAAGGAGGCAGUGGGAGAUCUAUUGGAUGCAUUUAAAGAUGAGAAAGUACAAGCUGAGCCUGACGUUGUCCCAGCAACAUUAACUGAAAUCCAACUUCCUGCUCCAUCUACAGCAACUGAGGAUAUUGACUUAACCUGGGAGGACAAGGAGGAAAAGUUGGAUGCUGAAAAUAUUCAGCCAACCCGUCCCGGUCAGACCACAACUAACAAGGAAUAUCAGUAUAAAGAGGAGCAAUGGAAGCCAAUCAACCCAGAGGAGAAGAAAAAGUAUGACCGUGUGUUUCUUCUGGGAUUCCAAUUCAGCUCAGCCAGCAUGAAUAGGCCUGAGGGCCUUCCUGCCAUUAAUGAUGUUGUCCUAGACAAGGCUAACAAGACUCCUCUGCGCCAGCUUGACCCCAGUCGGGUUCUUGGGAUGAAUUGUGUCUCAGAUUUCACACCUUCGUUUACCAACCUUGGCAGGCCGGGUAUGGGAGGAGGAAGAGGACCACCUCCAGGUAUGGCCAUAGGUUUAGGUGGCCCUCGUCGUUCUCAGCAGAUGCAAAGGAAAGAACCAAGAAAAAUCAUUACCAGCAUGUCACUUAAUGAGGAUGUGAAGCUGAACAAGGCAGAGAAAGCAUGGAAACCUUCAAAGAAAAAAACACUGCGUGGUUGUCAAGGAGAAGAGACCGUGGAAAAUAAUCCAGAGGAACUGAAGACACAAGAACUGUUUAAAAAAGUCCGCAGUAUCCUUAACAAACUUACUCCUCAAAAGUUUCAACAGCUGAUGAAACAAGUGUCCGAACUUCAAAUUGACACAGAAGAGCGGUUAAAAGGUGUCAUUGCUCUCACCUUUGAAAAAGCCAUCUCUGAGCCAGACUUUUCAGUGGCCUAUGCCAAUAUGUGCCGCUGCUUUAUGGGGCUAAAAGUCCAAGCCUCAGAUAAGCCAGGAGAUACAGUGAACUUCCGGAAGCUUCUACUGAAUCGAUGCCAGAAUGAGUUUGAGAAGGAUAAUGAUGACAAUGAAAUCUUUGAGAAGAAGCAAAGAGAGCUGGAGGCUGCUGAAGGGCUUGAGGAGAAGCAGAGAUUAAUAGAGGAACUUGAAGAUUCUAGAAACAAGGCUAGGAGGCGAUCACUUGGUAAUAUUAAAUUCAUCGGUGAACUAUUCAAGCUUAAGAUGCUCACAGAAGUCAUCAUGCAUGAGUGCAUUGUGAAACUACUAAAAAACCAUGAUGAGGAGUCCCUGGAGUGUCUGUGCAGACUGUUAUCUACCAUUGGAAAGGAUCUAGAUUUUGAAAAGGCCAAGCCUCGUAUGGACAAGUACUUUAAUCAGAUGGAGAAAGUAAUCAAGGAAAGGAAGACCAGUUCCAGGAUUCGCUUUAUGUUGCAAGAUGUGGUGGACCUCCGACAGAAUAAUUGGGUCCCAAGACGUGGCAACCAAGGCCCAAAGACAAUUGACCAGAUCCACAAGGAAGCUGAGCUAGAGGAGCACAGAGAGCAGAUGAAAGUGCAGCAGGCCCUUGUCUCCAAGAAAGAAUCUUUCGGUGCUUCAGGAAGCAGGGCGGGAUCGGGGACUCGCGGGGGGCCUCAUGCUCCUGGUCGUGGUGUUCCACCACAAGAUGACGGCUGGAACACAGUUCCAAUUUCCAAGAAUCGAACUUAUGAUGCGAAAUUCAAAUUCCCAAAGGCACCUGCUUUUGAUAUCCAGACUCAGUGUCUUGCUCCAGGAGGUAAAGGCGCUUUGAGUUGGGGUAAAGGCAGCAGCGGUGGUAGCACCAACAAGAUUACAGAUUCUGCCCCAGAAUCCAAUGUCCGUCCAGCUACCAACACUCUUAACAGAUUUUCAGCUCUGCAACAGAACUCGUCAGGCACAUCAGUAGAGUCAGACAGGCGGGUUCCUCAGAGAAAUAGCUCAAGUCGAGAGCGAGGAGAACGCUUUGACCGUGGCGAUCGUGGAUUUGAUCGACGUGAUGACCGUGACCGAAACCGGCAACAAGUUGCUGCUACUCGCAGCUUUAGUCGGGAAAAUGAGGGGCAAAGUCGGGAGAGAGAGCAACAUGGAUCAGCAGAUCCACUCCGCAGAGUGGCAAACAUGACAGAUGACAGAGAUCGAGGGAGCAAAGAAAGAGCUCGGAGUCGAGAGAAUGUGAUGAAGGAAACACCUGUAACUCCUCCACCUCUCCAAACUUCUAACAAGCCUGCCUUGACUGUGGAAGCACUAACCAAGAAAUCCAAAGCCAUCAUCGAAGAAUAUCUCAAUAUCCUUGAUAUCAAGGAUUCCCUGGAAUGUGUACAGGAGUUACACUGCCCUCAGCUAUUGUCUGUGUUUGUACAAUUCGGAGUGGAGUUUACACUGGAGCGGAACACUGCUACCAGAGAGAACCUCGGCCGGCUGCAUCACCAGCUCAUUAAGACAGGCAUCCUCCCUACAGAACAGUACUUUAAAGGGCUUCAUGAAAUCUUGGAGAUAGCUGAGGAAAUGGCAAUAGACAUCCCACACAUCUGGCUCUAUCUGGCAGAACUGAUCACUCCUAUACUCCAUGAAGAAGGCAUUCCCAUAGGACAUCUGUUUAGGGAGAUUUCAAAGCCUUUGAUCCCCCAAGGCAAAGCUGGAGACCUGCUUGUCCGUAUCCUCAAUUUAUUCUGCAAAGAGAUGAGCCAAAACAAGGUGGGUGCAAUGUGGAGGGAAGCAGGCCUUCAGUGGAAAGUUUUUCUUCCUGACGAUGAAGACAUCAACAAGUUUGUGACAGAAAAGAAUGUGAUGUUCACACUGGGUGAAGAGUCUGAAAAGAGCAAAACCAAAAAGAUGAGUUCUGCCGAGCUGACCAGACAGCUUGAAAGAUUGAUUCAAGACAAGGCUGAUUCCAAAAGACUCAAUGACUGGAUUGAGGCCAACCUGGAUGAGCAGCAGAUCACCUCCAACAUGUUUGUCAGGGCACUGAUGACCUGUAUAUGCCAAUCAGCAAUUAUCUGUGAGAAUCCCUACAAGGUAAAUGAUGAGAUAAUCAAUCAGAGGGCUGAGUUGCUACAGAAGUUCCUAAAAGAUGAGCAGAAGCAGUUGCAAGCCCUUUAUGCCUUACAGGCACUGAUGGUGCGCAUGGAACAGCCAGCCAAUCUGCUGCGAAUGUUCUUUGACACUCUAUACGAUGAGGAUGUAAUCAGAGACGAUGCCUUCUACAAAUGGGAGUCGUGCAAGGACCCCGCCGAGCAGCAGGGCAAGGGCGUGGCCCUCAAGUCCGUCACCGGCUUCUUCACGUGGUUGCGCCAGGCGGACGAAUCUGACAACAGUUAGGGCCGCUGGAGUCCAACAGUUGAAUCGGAGGGAUUAUCUUUGGGACCCUUACAAAGGGACACUAGGAGGAGGAUUACACCAACAUGAGUUGGCACAAUCGUUCUUCAGAAAAAGAACAAAAAAAAUGCAAUUAAAAAAUAAUCUUCAAAUAGGAGAGUUUGUAUUA